GACCAACCCAGUAUGAAGCCCCGCGCGGGAUCGGAUGGUUUUCGGCACCCCGAAACCCCGCCAGCGUCAAAGGCUGACAUCAUCCAAGGCCCGGCAUGCUGGCGAGCGGAGACGGGUGGAUGGAACUAUAAAUACGUCUGUCUCCUGAUGAAGUCGACCUUGAGCAGGCAGAGACAGGGCAGACAACCCAGACAACCAACAACAGACAGCACCGCUUAGGACAAAAUGAAGGAAGCAUUCGUGACUCAAGGCCCCACGGUCGAGAUCGUCGACUCGCCAAUCCCCGAGCCUAACGAUGACCAGCUGCUCAUCAAGGUGGUGGUGAGCGGGUCGAACCCCAAGGAUUGGAAGCUGCCGCAGUGGCGGCCCGACACGCGGAUCAACCAGGGCGACGACAUAGCAGGCGAGGUGGUCAAGGUGGGCAAGAACGUGUUCGAGUUCAAGCCGGGCGACCGCGUGGCCGCCUUGCACGAGAUGACCAAGCCUGGCGGCAGCUUUGCCGAGUAUGCUAUUGCGUGGCAGCACACGACUUUCCAUAUCCCCGAGGCGAUCAGCUUUGAAGAGGCUGCAACCAUCCCUCUCGCAGCAGCCACGGCGGCCGUCGGGCUGUACCGUCAUCUGGGGCUCCCGGAGCCGUGGGCGCCGGCCAAGGAGCCGAUUCCGUUGGUCAUCUACGGAGGCGGCACGGCGGUCGGGGCCUUUGCGAUCCAGCUGGCGAGGCGCAGUAACAUCCACCCGCUGAUCGUGGUGGCGGGAAAGUCAGGCGAGUUUGUGCGGCCGCUACUGGACGAGUCCAAGGGCGACGUGCUGGUCGACUACCGGGGCGGGGCGGACGCGGUGGUGGAGGGCAUCAAGGCGGCAGCCAAGGGCGCGUCACUAAAGCAUGCGUAUGACGCCGUGUCGGAAGCGCCAACGCCGCACACCCUCGGACGAGUGCUGGAGGACGGUGGGCUUCUGACGACGGUGCUGCCGGUCAACAAGCCCGAGGAGGAGAUACCACCACACGUCAAGUGGGUCAUGACCAUGGUCGGCGAGGUGCACGAUGAGGACGCGGAAAAGAGGGAUUUUGCGUUCGUGGCGCUGCGGUACCUGGCCAAGGGACUGGCUGAGGGCUGGCUCAAGCCGCAUCCGCACAGGGUGGUGGCGGGAGGACUGGGUGGGGUGCAGGAGGCGUUGGAGCAGCUGAUGGGGGGAAGAGUGAGCGCCUUCAAGUUUGUGUUCCGAAUUGGCGAGACCGAGGGGGCGGGCAAGGACUGAGGCAAGGGGUGAUACCUAGGCAAGGCGAGGCGAGGCGGAACGCUCAGGUCAGGGCCAGGGUGUCUGGACGGCGGACUGGUUACCGGCUGGAGACUGGCUGCUGGAUUUGGACUAGAGCAGCACUGGCAGCGGGGAUCUCCGGUGUGGCUUCUGGGUUUUAUUGCUGGACUUGGGAGAUCAAUUGAUGUUGAUGGCUUGGAAGUGGUUUAUGCUUGAUCUGGGCGGGUCCAAUAGGGCCCGUGCACGUGGAGCACGGCCAUGGCGACGCCGUUCAGCGCUGGAGAGAUACAGGCGUUAAAGCCGGCGGCGGCGGACCCGGUUUUAAGCGUCGGUGCAAAGUGGUGCGUCUGUGGCUGCCAUUGGCUUUGGUCAGUCGAAUUGGGGGAAGAUCAAUGAUGCGACACAGUGCCUGAGGUGAAAUAUUUGCUGAUCGCUACCCAGACUGUCAUCGACGAUGGGAACAGGGGCUCCGGACAGGCUCUGAAGAAGCACAUGGGUGCAAAACGCAGCAGCCUGGACCUGCAGCCGCACAGUGCGCACCAAUCACGCGCUCCACCUCGAUCCACUCACUAACAGAUGCUGCACCCCUGAGAGGAGCGGGCCUGGAACGGCCUGUGAGGAACCCUGCCGCCAUCCUCGUCCCAGCAGCCUGGCUGGCCAUUGAACCCGCGACUUUGGGUCCGCUCCUGUUCUCUCUUGCAGUAUCGACGGCAAGCCCCGUUUGACGGACCACCUUGUCU